CCUUAGACGAUACAUGCACCCCUUUGGCCCUUUGAUUCUCUCGAUCCAAAAAGCGAUUAAAGAGGAUAUUUUUGCUAAUCAAUUGACCUUGCAAGAAGGUCUGUUUGCUAUAUCUUCAAGAUCUUUGGAGCUCAAAUGAAGGAGAAAAUCAAAUUUCCCCCCUUCUACGUUCGUAUAGCUACGAAGCUCAAACAUCCUUUUUUUAUUGAUUGCAUCUUUUCUUGAGCUUGACAAGGCCAGGUUUUAAUAGAACAAACUAUCCUGAGCAGAUGUUGGUAAAAGGAAGAAAAGUUGCUGGUAGAGAAGAGAUGCUUCCACCUUAUGCUUUUGAUCCUCGUGAAGAUGAUGUGAUAAUCAGACACCGCCUCCUCACUCGGACUACAACCACAAGGGGCGAACCUCCGCUGAAGAAGCUUCAGAAAAAAUUCAUGUCUUUUGCCCUUGAUAUUGAGAAGGAUGCUGACAAUUACAGUGACUGCGAGAGGCUGUACAAAGCCUUUUUACAGGAGAUGAACACCUUUGAGCUGCCACUCCUUAAGAGCAAGGCGGUUAUUGAUGCAAACCUUCGAGAGAAGGAGAACUUCAAUGAGCUGCAGGAUGAAAUACAUCGUCAAAUCUUGCAGGCGCAGGCUGACAUCGAAGAUCUGAAGAGGCAACUUGAGGAGAGUAAGAUUGAGAGGCAACACAAGGAGGAGUGUGAGGCAAUCAGGAGAUUGAUUGGUCUUCAGCCGCCAAGGUCAGAGACCCAGAAAACUAUCUCGGAUCUUGAGAAGGAGAUUGCUUCUUUGGAGGCUGAGAAUGCUGCUGGGUCAAGGACACUGGAGCUUCGGAAGAAGCAGUUCUCUCUUCUGCUGCAUGUGGUAGAUGAAUUGCAGAAUACUAUAGAGGAGGAGCAGAAGAACUUAGCAGAGGAGCUGAGGAUUGCAAUGGAAGAGCGAAAGAAUAGCAUGGAAGAUGCCAGUGGUGGUUCAGAAGCGAUGGCUGUAGAUUAAUUGACGGGAAGCAUAUUUAUCUGCAGUUCCAUCAACAACAGUUCUCUCUCUCAGAUUGAGGAUCAUCUCUUGUUCCCUGCUUUUUGUUCACAAGAUAAAAAUUGAGAAAAACAUUAGGUGUGCAUUAAUGAAUCUAUCCAUUUUUCCCC